GUAGGGGUCCUAACAAAUUUUCCAUGAAAAAAGAUAAGACAAAGAUGUAUUCAAGGUAGGGGUCUUGACAAAUUUUCGUUGAAAAAGGAAAAGAAAUCUAGCCUGACCAUCUUAAAAACAAAGCUAAACGCUCUAACUUAGAUUGAAAAGUAGCCAUUCCCACAAGUAAAUCCUUCACUAUAUAUCUAUAAAUAUUGCAGGAACAUUUUAAUCAUCCAACAAACAAAGAAGGAACAGAAAAUUAGAACAGCUCAAACAACUAUAUAUAUACGUACCCUUCCUUUUAUUUUCUUAAUUCUUGUCCCCUAGAAAACGUUACACCGAUCAGAACAAACACACGAAAUAAACAUCUGGAAGAAAGGCGUGACCUUCCCUUUGCCAUUUUGACUUGCCGUUAGUUUGCUCCCCCUUCAUAUUUAUCUUCUACCUCAAAGAAGAUAUAUAAAAGAGGCUAGCUACUUGAUGAUAUCUCUCCCUUCUUUAGUCUUCUUCUUCUUCUUCUUCCUUGACAUUUCAGGUUUCGUUACAAAAGAGAUGAGAGUAGAGAACUGAAGGAAACAGAAACGAGAAAUAUCACAUUAAUGUUUUUGGCUAUCAAAAAUUUGGAAAAUGACUGGGUCAAGCCCAUCAAAAGGAGUAUCAAGCGGUUCAAACUCAAGACUCUUGGGGUUUAUAAUACCGUACAAGCACGAAGUUGUUGGACAAGCUUACGUGGCUCAAUCUCAUUGGCUAAUCUCACGUGGCACGAGAUGUCAUUGGACACGACUACUCGACGCCAGAUCUAUAACACUACGAAAAAUCAGAAAAUUCAAGCUGAUUCUUGCUCUUCCAUUUCUCCGAUUCGAUUCAUAUUUUCAGAUCCAAUACGCCACUCUGAAUCUCCGUCUGCUAGGGUUUCUCCUCCGAGAGCGUAUGGAGCGUCUCGCUCUGCUCCUUUUGCUAGCUUUCGCGUCGCUGCAGCACCUCUGCUUCGCUGCCGACGACGGCACGAUCUUACACGAGACCUUCGACGAGACGUUUGAGGGGCGAUGGAUCGUCUCUGAGAAAGAGGACUACAAAGGUGUCUGGAAGCGUGAGAAAAGUGAAGGCCAUGACGAUUAUGGACUUCUUGUGAGUGAGAAAGCAAGAAAGUAUGCCAUUGUGAAAGAGCUUGAUGAGCCUGUGGAUCUCAAGGACGGAACCACUGUCCUUCAGUUUGAAACUCGCCUACAGAAUGGACUUGAAUGUGGUGGUGCAUAUUUGAAAUACCUACGUGUCCAGGAAGCUGCGUGGAAACCAAAGGAAUUUGACAAUGAAUCUCCUUAUUCUAUCAUGUUUGGGCCUGACAAAUGUGGGGCUACAAACAAAGUGCACUUUAUUUUAAGGCACAAGAAUCCCAAGAGUGGUGAGUACAUUGAGCACCAUCUCAAGAACCCACCUUCGGUCCCAUCUGACAAGCUAACUCAUGUUUACACUGCCAUUAUAAAGCCUGACAAGGAGCUGAGAAUUCUAGUUGAUGAUGAGGAGAAGAAGAAGGCAAAUUUUUUCUCAGCUGAAGAUUUUGAUCCCCCACUCAUCCCUUCCAAGACAAUUCCUGAUCCUGAUGACAAGAAACCUGAAGACUGGGAUGAGAGAGCAAAAAUUCCAGAUCCUGAUUCUGUGAAGCCAGAUGAUUGGGAUGAGGAUGCACCAAUGGAGAUUGAAGAUGAAGAUGCUGUGAAACCUGAAGGAUGGUUGGAUGAUGAGCCUGAGGAAAUAGAUGAUCCUGAUGCAACCAAACCAGAAGACUGGGAUGACGAAGAGGAUGGUGAAUGGGAAGCCCCAAAAAUUGAUAACCCAAAGUGUGAAACAGCCCCUGGUUGUGGUGAAUGGAAGAGGCCAAUGAAGAGGAAUCCAGCUUAUAAGGGGAAAUGGCAUCCUCCUCUUAUUGACAACCCCAAUUACAAGGGUAUCUGGAAGCCUCGUGAGAUUCCAAAUCCCAGCUACUUUGAGCUUGACAAACCCAACUUUGAGCCUAUAGUUGCGGUUGGCAUUGAGAUUUGGACAAUGCAAGAUGGCAUAUUGUUUGAUAAUAUUUUGAUUACUAAGGAUGAGGAGGCUGCAGAGUCAAUUCGAGACACCACAUGGCAGCCAAAAUUUGAAAUUGAAAAGGAAAAACAGAAGGCUGAAGAUGUGGCUGCUGGUACUGAUGGGCUUGCAGGCUAUAAGAAGAAGUUCUUUGACAUACUGUACAAGGUUGCUGAUAUUCCUUUCUUGGGUGAAUACAAGCCUAAGAUUAUUGAUCUGAUUGGGGAGGGAGAGAAACAACCAAACCUCACCAUUGGCAUUCUUGUCUCUGUUUUGGUGAUAAUCAUCACCAUUGUCUUCAAGAUCCUUUUUGGUGGGAAGAAACAAGCAAGAGUAGAGAAGAAGCCAGAGGUCAGUGAGACUUCUAAUGACCAAGGAAGCAGUGCAGAGAAGACUGAAGAGAGAGAGAAUGAAGAAGAAGAACCUGCUGGUGCUACUCGCCAGAGGGCAACCAGGCGUGAAAAUUGAGUGCCUAAUCGUGGAGGAAGUUGAAACUGAUCUCAUUGUUGGUAAAUUUUGAACUUUUAGAUGUCCUAUUAGAUGAAACGAUUCUUGGUUGUUUGGUGAUUUUUUAGCUUUAUAAUGAACUAGAUGAAAGAAGAGAGUGUACAUGAGGCACAACUUUCCUGCCUCUAAGUCUGAUUUCAGAGAGGUUGAGAUUUUAAACUGUUAAAUGUCAAAGGUAUCAUGUGUUUUAGUCGCCUAUUUUAAUCCAAACGAGCCAGUGAACGAACGAUAUUACCUAUUGCCUGAACAACGGAAACUACUCUUUUUAGAGCAGUAGGUGGUGGCCUGCGGAUGAAGUAGCCGGUGAGAUUAUGGUGAUAUUAUUAUUACAUGUAUACAGUGUCUGCUUCCUGAAUUUAAAGUUUGUAUUCUUCAACUUAGAAUUCUGCAAUCUCACCGAGGAGAUGGAUGUGUAUAUCUCUACUUAAAAAUUCUAGCGAAAUAACGCAUUCUCUUGGAA